AUGGCUCUCCUUGGCGAAAAAGGCCAUAGAACUACAAUUAACGGAGACUCAGUAGGAGAAAUUCUAAGCGACAAAGUGGCCACUUCAUCUAGUAUACCAGAGAUGGUGCCGAGCUUGAUCGAGAAGAUAUCCUUGUUUAAGGAGCGGUUUAACCUUGAGAGUUCUAUGAAACGAUUGGACCUGCUCGAUGCUGUUCGGUCACUCGUCUAUGCUCUAGAAAUACCAAGGGAAACAAUGCUCAGGUUUUGUUGGUCAGAGCCUACUACUCGUGCGGCCAUCGAAACCGCUAUAGACCUGGGGAUAUUUAUCAAUCUUUGCAAAGACGACAGACCAAAGACAGCCAGUAAAUCGGCCAAGGCAACUGGUGCAGAAGAAAAACUUAUGGCGCGCAUCUUCAAGCACUUAGCUGCUGUGGGGGUGAUCCUUGAAACUAGGCCAGACGAAUACCGACGUACCUGGCGUUCUACUUCUCUGUGCUCACAACAGUAUAUCAACUUUUAUCGUUGUCGAUCAUCUCGUAAAACCCCGGGAGUGCAUGCAUUGCCUGCACAUCUCAGGAAGACCGGGUAUCGCAAUCCAACCAAUGGCAAUGAUUGUGCAUUCCAGCUUGGAUACAAUACCAAAUCACACUUCUUCGACUCCAGGGAGAGCUUGGCUGGUCACACCCGAGCGUCCAUCCAGCGUCAAGGCUCACGGAUGUCAGUGGCCAGAUAUCCCUGGUCAACUGAUACUCCAGGACCUGCCAGGAGUAAUCGCCAAGCAAAAACGAAGGCAUUACAUUCUUCAAUUGAGCCGAUGGAGCACGACUUCUUCAAAGAGCAGCCAAUAAAAGGGGCUCGAGCAUACUUCAUACACUUCAUUUUCCACGAUUGGAGUGACCGAGAUUCCCACCGGAUUCUCAAGAGUCUCACACCGGCAAUGAGCCCUGGAUACAGCAAGCUUUUGAUCCACGACCGUGUCAUUACCGAAACAGAGGCCUACUGGGAAAGCACCAGCCUGGGCCUCGUUAUGAUGGCCAACUUGGGAGGUAUUGAGCGCACAACUGCUGAGUGGUACGCUCUUUUAGAAUCAGCUAGGCUGAAAACUGUCAAUAUUUUGGACUUCUCACCGUGGUAUUGA